UUCCUCUAAUGUCCAAGCAUGGGAUCAGUCUUGUCCCUCAAGUUUCGCAGAAUAGAUGGAAAGGCAAAAACCCAGGGAGACAAAGGUGUUGUCCCCAGAGGAGCGAGGGCGCUUGAUCCAGGGCAGCUGCAGUCUGGCCUGAAGAAUUGCAGUGAUAAUGAUAAUCCCAGUGCUAGAUGUGUCUCUGCAGGAGCCAGUGACGACACCCCUGAACAGGACCAGGUUAAAGACUUUAAUGCUUUACUCCCUGAGAUCAAAGAGCUCUGGAAAAAAACAGCUCAACUGGAGGCAGACUUUAAGAAAUUAAAAACCAACACACAAGACCUCGGAGUGAUUACAGGGGAACUUGAAGACCAGCGGCGCAGGUAUGACAUUUUAGAAGAGCACAUCAAGGACUUGACAGAGCUGCACGAGAAUGAAAUUUUGAUCCUGAAAGACGAACUAGCCGACAUGGAGGGGAUGUUUGUUUAUCAAUUUCAGGAAAGAGCAGCAGAUAUUCUAGAGGAACUUCACACACAUAUCUCAAAGCUGGAGCUUCAGCAGCAGAUGCAUCUGGAGUCAGCCACAGGUGGUGGGGUUUGCAGGAAGCUAGUCAAUAUGAUGCUGGCUGUUCUGAUUGUCCUCUUGGAGUUUGUGCUCAUCUCUGUCAUCUUCUUGACAAAAACACCGAGCUGCAUAUUUUCAACACUGCUUUUUGUAAUCCUCAUCUCCAUACUCUUGAGGUACUGGGAUAUGGUUUAGGAUUAUUAUCCCAUUUAAAGUAUUCAGUAUCCUAAAAUCAAAAACUGGCUCAGGCAUCAUUAAAAAAAUCAGUGGAUGGACACUAAAAUAUCAAGUCUCAUCUCAGUGUCAAUUGAACAGAACUGAAAACACCAUGCAAACAGAGGUCAAAGUUUAAACAUACAAAUGUCACAUGAGAUUUAAAUUGAGUCAUUCUGUUUUAAACCUACAUACAACUGUAACAUUUCCCAACUUUACCCAUUAGUGAAAUGAGAUGUAUGGCAAACUACCUUACCAACCAACAGUGGAAGUUGGUGUUAAUGGAUUGCUAUUCAAACUGGUCACCAGUUCUGUUGAAGUGUUAAUGUGUGUUGACCACAGUAAUAAAAGAAAAGCACAAGUGAUCAAGAAGUUAAGAUUUUAUUUCAAGACAACACAAUAUAAAAUCAGUU